CAAAAAGAUGGAGAAACAGACGAAUCCCGAACCUGAGCGCCUUGGCCAGUGCCAUACCCACGGGCCCUACCACUACACCUGGUCAAAGCUGCACUGGCCUAAGAGUCACCUUGAGCCCCUCCGCCAAGAGUAUGAUGAGUUGGGAUCGGCUGCGCUUAGCAAACUUCAAGAGCUAUCUCGCACACAAACAUCCUCCACCUCCCCACCUGAACAGACCGACCUUCUCGCCCUGCUCAAGCAACAUCAUCCUUCCGACCACACACUCUCCGCAUUAUGGCACGAACUCAACACCGUGCCAGAAUGGGUAGAUUGGGCACAACUUGCUCGAGGCCAGCGCUUCUUCUACCGCUAUGCACCCGCCAACUUGAUGGGUUUCGCCUUGCAGGGCUUUGUCGGGGAGAACUCUGCCGCCGCGGGCGUCGUCGAGGUCCUUACCAGGACAGGAGGGUUCUCUACACGGGUGCUCUUCCGCCGGCUCCUCGAGACAUUCCAGCUCGUUCUCCAAGUAACCGACUUCUCCUCGCUAGUGGAUUCUCAUGUCGGCCCAGGCGGUGCUGCUUGGGAAACAGCCAUCCGAGUCCGCUUGCUCCAUGCAUCAGUGCGGAACAGGAUCCUAAAGCUCGCCAGCACAAAGGACGGAUAUUUUGACACGGCCAAGUAUGGCGUGCCGGUCAAUACUCUCGACUCAAUCCACUCGAUCUCUACGUUCUGCUGCAACCACAUGUGGCUCCAGCUUCCACAGCAGGGUGUGCAUCCUAGCCCUCAGGAAAUGGCGGAUUACAUUGCGCUGUGGCGAUACGUGGGGUACCUCCUGGCCACCCCGACGGACGAGUACUUCUCUACGGUGGAGCGGGCAAAGGCGACGAUGGAGAGCAUGCUCAUGCAUGAGCACCAGAUCACGCAGACUGCAGUCGUCCUUGGGCAUAACUUCGUCGAGUGUCUCCGGGACUUGCCGCCGUUUAAUGUCUCGGCCCAGUUCAUUGAGGCUGGGAGCCGGAUGAUGAAUGGCGAUGAGGUGUGUGAUGCUCUUGGCUUUGACUUCGAGCCGAGUUGGUAUCACUAUGCCUCCUGGAGGGGUCAUUGCUGGCUGGUGAGAGCACUCGCUGCUUUGCAACAGAGUAUGCCUAGUGGUGUGGACGAAAUCAUCCUGCGGUGGUGGAGGAACACUCUGCACGGCGCAGUGAUUCAAAGUCAUGCUGGCCUUGCUGGAGGCUCGAAGAUGGACUUCAAGUAUGUGCCGCGGGCAGACCAAAUGACCGCGAAAGAAGUCAACGGCCGGUCUAGGCUGCCACGAUCUCCGCUGUACCGACCGGUAGAGGCGAUCUACCUUGCCGUGUGGUUUUCAGGGGUACUAGUGAUGAUCAUUGUGGCCGCUGCAUUGGUAUCAACCCUACAGCAGCUUACUUGAUUGAUUGGAGUUGAUAAAGAUUAACAAGCUAUGAUAACUUGCAUCUCCUUAGUCUUGUGAGGAAUGAAGAGUGUCCUGUCGCUGGCCAA